GCGGCGGAGGCUCCGGGCGCGGGGCAGCAGCUCAAGGACCCUGCAGGACACCGGGAGCAGAACAGCUGCCGGCCUCAGCCUGUCCUUUGGAGCGGGACAUGGCCUCCGCGCUCCCCGGCAGCUGCCUCUGCUCAUCCGGCCUCCCUCAAGCACCAGGUGAAGCCGUGCCAAGCAGCACCGCCAGCAUCUCGCUGUGGACAGUGGUGGCUGCAGUGCAGGCGGUGGAGAAGAGCGUAGAGGCCCACGCCUCCCGGCUGCUCAACCUAGAGCGAAGGACGGUAACCACUGAGAAAAAGUACUUGGACUGUGAAAAAACAGUGGUGGAUUUUGGGAACCAGCUGGAGAGCAAGCUGACCGUGCUGGGCACUCUCAUCCGGGAGUACGGGCAGCUGCAGCGGCGUCUGGAGCACAUGGAGAACCUGCUGAAGAACAGGAACUUCUGUGUGUUGCGUCUGCCCUCCGGCCUCAAGGCCCCAGAGGCAUCUGAAAGUGACACGGCUUGCUUUGCUGAGCAAGAGUGGGAGAACCUGGAGGAAUGGCAGAAGGAGCUGUACAAGAACGUGCUGAGAGGGGACGGUGAAUCUCUGAACUCUCUGGAUUAUGCAAUCUCCAAACCUGACCUCUCAUCCCGGCUUCAGAGAGGAGAAGUGCCCUGCAGUGAGGUGACCUCAGGACAGAAGGAGAUUCCUACAGAACCAAAUGCAGCAGACUUCAGCAUUCCAGAGCCGAGCUUCGCAGGAGCUCUGAAGCAGAAUGAAGAGGUGUGUGCAGAGGAGCAGGAAGCCACGGAGGGUGCAGAGUUCACUGAGCUCAGCGUGGAAGACGGCGGUGUCUGUGUUAAGAAGGAGGAAGAGCCGCGCGCAGCGGCGCAGGAGGAGCUGGAGGCUGCGGGAGCGGAGCGGGAGCCGUGCCCAGAGCCAGCAUUCUUUGAGCCUGAAGCUCCAGGUCAGACCAAGAGAGGCACGGAGGCGUACGGCAGGGAGCUGCCCGGCACAGCGCAUGAAGACCUGCCAGGAGAUGCAGAGUCGCAGAGCUGCGUGACUGCGGUCUUGUCGUGGAUUAAACGAGAGGAGGAGCCGCACUGCCCCGAGCAGCAGGGCUCAGAGAAAGAAGAAAUCCCUGCAGAGCCAAGUGCAGUGCAUGAUGAGAACAGAAGGAGGGACUGCCUGGCUGACAGCUCUGUAAGCACGAUGUGUGACUCCGACAUGCUGGAGAGACCUGAGGAGAAGUUUCACGAGGAUCCCGGCUCCGCGUUGACGUGGGAAAGUCAGUGGAGCUCAGAAAUGAUGGAAACAACCACCAGCAGGAAUGGCUUUGGGGGUGAUGCUCAGUACGACCGAGCCUUUGGCGAACAACUGGAUCUCUUUAUUGCUCAGCCAAAUGAUGUCAGAAAGAGACUGUGCGUGUCCAGCAGGUGUGAGAGGAACUAUAUCCAGCAGGAGCAUCUUCCAGCUCUGCAGGGAGCCCAGGAAGAGCUGCUGCCAGUCCCCAAGUGUGAGAACAGUCCCAUGGAGGCGGCCUUCCAGCACCCAGUGGAUGCUGCAGGGGAGAAGUUUGAAGGGCUGCCAGCCAAGCUCGUGCCAAGCAGUGCAGGUAGAACCAGGCUUCGUGAGCACAACGGCCUUUGCAGAGAGGAGCAGCCGUCGAUGGGGAGUGGAGGGAAGCUCCCUGCAGAGAAUUUGCUAUCCAGCCCCUGCGAGGCCGACCCGCGGGACGUGUUGGAGGCGCCCAGGGGUGGCUUAGCGAGCCAACAGCAGAGCCAGGGCAGGGGGAAGUCCUACAUAUGCAAUGACUGUGGGAAAAGCUUUGUUUGUCACUCCUGGCUUGUCCGACACCAGACCUCUCACACGGGUGAGAGGCCCUACAAGUGCUCCGAGUGUGACAAAAGCUACAGGAGGAAGGAUUAUCUCUUAAAACAUCUGCGCCGCCACUCGGGAGAGGGGCUUUUCCCAUGCCACCUCUGCAGCAAAAGGUUCGUACUCAGGAGGAGUUUAAUUAAGCAUCAGGAAAGCCAUGUGCAGAGAACACAUCAGACUGCCAGCUGGCCCUGCGCAGAGAUCAGGGAAUCCGUGCUGCACUCCAGAUAGGAAAUCCUGCCCUGUUGUGGGCAGCCAAGCAGGUGCACAGCGGGGUCUUCCAGCUCAGCACUGAGCUGAGGUGGCUGUUGGAUGGCAGCUCCCUGCAUGGGGAGGGGAGAACGUUGGUGUUUAUUUUCCACAGAGUGCAUCGGGGCGAUCUCUGGAGCUGCCUGACGGCUGCAGGGCAGUUGGACCGAUGGCCUUCGGGAGUCCCUUCCAACCCUAAGGAUUCUAUGCCUUGCUAUGGGAUAUGCAGGAAAUCUGCAGUGCUCACAGCUCCUGAACCCACUCUGGAGAGAAUUAACAUCGACACAGAGCGCUGUGUGAAUGCUUCGGGCUGGAGGACAUCCCAGAUGUCAUCCCAUGGCAUCUCAGAGUCUGGGAACGGAUCUGUGGGUGACUUCAGUAUCCUGUACUGAGCACAGGGAGCCGUGUGAGCUGAGGAGGGCUGCGUUCCGCCUCCAGUGGUGGUGCAGGGAGUUCCCGUGUGACCCCACAGCACGCUGUGCCUUCUGGGCAGCCUUCAGGUGCUUCUCCGUCGCAGCUCUGGACGGUGUCGUGCAACUUGCUGAGUCCUGAUAACAGGCCCUGUAAACCUUUGUAGAACGUCCUCCUCGAGGCGUUGAGUUGCUGCGUUUUUACGGGGGGAGGGGCGCUGCCGGGUCAAAUGCUCUGCGACAUCGCGUUGCUUUUGAUAAUAAAGAAGCUUCUCGUGGCUCUCAGUGA